GGAGCACCUGAAUGCAUCACAGCGGCUGGUUCUGUUCUGACGACAGGAGCUGACGGUUGAUGUUGGGCUGGUUGACAACAAGCUAACAUCCCAGCAUGGAGAGCUCUACAGAGGCGGCUGCCACCGGCCCCACAGCACGCAACUUCUCCCAGGUGGUGUUCAUCGACAUCCCUCACUCUUACCCACCCUCGACCCCCGUCACCUGCUGCUACACCCUCACUGCCGCCUUCCAGUCCAACCCCAGGGACUGGGUGGGCAUUUUUAAGGUAGGGUGGAGCACAACAAAGGAUUAUCAUACCUUUGUGUGGGUGGAGCCAUGCCUGGAUGUGGUAAGGCAAGAGGCUGCAACUAGGCAAGCUUUUUUUAAAGAUUACUACCUGCCUAAGGAUGAGGUCGAGUUCUAUCAGUUCUGCUACGUUGACAGUACUGGUCAAGUGCGGGGAGCCAGCACUCCGUUCUGUUUCAGAAACCCGGUGGAGCAAAGCAUCGAGAGCAGCCCAGAUGAUGACCUCAUGGUUAUUACAACACAGGAGCAGGUCGAAAAGAGCGUACGUGAGAAAGCUGAUCUGCAGAAGAAGUUGGAUCAGAUAAGGAAGGAAAAUGAAACCUUAAAAAAUGAUCUACAGAAGGAACAGCAGGAAGCUGCCAGCUUCAAGGGGCAGAAUGAACAGAAAGACAAAGAAAUGAGUCAACUGGUCAAAGAAAUGGAUCAAAUGAAGGAAGAAAAUGAAAACUUAAAAAGCCUCCUACAGCAACAACUGAAAGAAAUGGACAACUUAAAGGAGGAGAUGUUGACCCAAAAGCAGAUGGAGAUACAGCAACACGAUGCUACUGAGAAGAAAAUACGGAGUCAAAGCUUGAGUUUAGACGGAGCAUCAAGAACAAAUGAGGAGAAAUACGACCGAGCUGUGAUGAAGAUCAACCAGCUCAAAGAGGAGCGUGAGGAGCUGAGGGGGAAGGUCGAUGCUCAAAGUGUGGAGAUUUCCAUGCUAAAUUCCAAACUCAGAGAAGAAGAGAGGGAACUGUUCAAACUGAAAGACAGCAUACAGCUCCUUCAGGUUGACCUUCAGAGCGGUAAGAAAGACAAGGAGAGGCUCUCUGCAGAGCUGCAAAGGUUGCAAAGCAUCGCACACAACGCGGACAACGUGAAGACAGAGAACCAGGAGUUACGCAGGAGGCUGUCGCAGCAGCUGACACUGCAGAACUGUCCAGAUGAAGAUCCAAGAGUGCGGUGUCAGGCUCUUGUCAGCCAGCUGCAGGAGGCUCAGGAGAAACUGGCUACGGAGAGGGAGGAGAACAAAAACGCCAAGAGACACGCCGAGUUUCUGAACCAAGAACUGCUGCAAACCAGGGAGCAGCUGGAGAAGAUGAUCUUAUCAUGUGAACAGGCAGAACGGGAACGUGGCAAAUUAGAGCUACUGCUCAGAGAGGCACAUGAAGCGAUCGCAGAUAAAGAGACCAUCAUAGAAGAGAAGGAACGCAUGAUCAGGCUGGUGAGACACGAGAAAGAAGAGCUCGACAGAGACAACCAGAAUCUCACUAGUGAUAUUGCCGAGCUGCGCAGAGUUUAUGCGGAAGUCAGCGCGGCUCCCCCCGCCGACUCACCACACACACAGCCUGACAACACAUCAGCCAGCCGUGACUGGCAACAGCUGGAGACACCAGAGCAGCCUGAGAACCUGUAUGAGAACAUAGAGAGCGUUCCAAACCCAGAGGAGCAGGCGCUGGUGUGUCGUCACUGCCAAGAGUGCUUCCCCUGCAUAACCCAGAACGAACUGGAGCAGCACGAGCAGAGCCACCGAGUGUGUCCCUUCUGCACGAUGAUCUGCGACAACAUGGAGCAGUCGGUGUUUGAGGAUCACGUCUACGGCCACGAGCUGUGAGAACCGCACGUACGAUUCAUACGUCUGGAGAAUGAACGUCUUACAAGUUGGGUGGACAUGUGGAAAAGGACCGCACGGAUAUUGUUGCACACUUUUACUGCAAAUUACAUUACGGUUGCCCCAUUUUCCAAAGCAUACUGAAGUUUUUAUUUUUUGGGGGGGGGACGGGGGGUUUCAGCCAUUAGUGUCCAUCAUGCACAAAGAAUCUGCUGGCAGAGACCUGAAAGAUGCCUGAGUUGCAGUAUGUAAUCCAUCACAGAGGACAUCGUGUCCUCAUUUAUUUUGGUCAAAGGUUAUCUUAGUGUUUAAUGUUAAUGUAUUUAAAAGUAAAUUACCACACAACUGGGCAUCGUUUGGAAUGUUUUAAGACUUUAAGUGUUUUUUUUAGAUGCAAGCAGACAUAUUUUGCCUGAACAAAAUAGUCUAAAGUUGGCUUGUUGAAUUAGGCAGGCGUUCACAAAUAUAAUUAAAUGACUGGCAACAGUCCAUGACAUACAAAUGUUUCUGGUUCUGCCUUCCUCAGUGUGUGUACCAGUGUGUGAUUAUAUUGACCUUAUCUUCAUCCCUCCAUCGCCACAACUCUCCUGACCUCCACGGUUCAGGAAGUCAAACGUGUGCAUGAAGUGUUGCCAAUCAUUUAAUAAAAAGCAAAUGUGUGAUCGCUUUGGACUUUUUACUCCUGGGUGGUACAUGUAUCCCCCUAAAGGAAGUCAGGACACUAAUUAUAAAGUUGAGUAGAGCCCAUUCCUUCCUUUGUUUUGUAUAAAGAUUGCAAACUUCUGAUUUAAAUCAGGAACUAUCCAACCAAAGAAGAAAUAAACAAGUUAAUGAAUCUGACCACAUACUCCAGCGAUCUGGGUCUGGCAAUGUGAGACAACGCCUAAAUUAAGCCACUUUCAAACCUCUAAAAAUCUGAUUUUCAUAUUGCAAAACUCUUCCGGUAUGCUUUGGAAAAUAACGAGCAGUAAAGAAUAUAUUAUUUGCAUUAAACAGGCUUGAACAAUGUAACAGUUCUAAGUUGAUGGAAAGAUAAUUUAAGUAAAGCAUAGCACAUUUAAAACUUAAUAUUUAACCACAAUUCUUCAUUUACAGUAUAGCUUUGCACUUUUCAUCUCUUAGAGGAAAUUGAUGGUCUAAUAUAACUAUUGAGCCAAUUCAAGUAUUUAACUUCUAUUGAUUUUAAAAUGUAUGACCGAAUGAAUUGUUGAUAUGAGGUUGAGUAAUGUAACAAAUUAAUGUAUGUGAAUGAUCAAUUUAAAUGAUGAAAAUGCAUUUUAAUGGUCGUGUGAAAUAAUAAAAAUCUGGUGGUAGAAUUCA